AUGUUAAUUAAUCAUCACUGUUAUUCACUGGCAUUGGUUUUGUUACCGAUCGCUUUGGCUGAUAAUUUGGUACUCUAUUUUCCUGUGAAUCCAUCAGUGCCCGUACCUGAAUCCCAACAAGACUUUGAUCAAAAUGCACCGCCAAGGGUGUUAUCUCGAGAUCCGGAUAUGCCAUCAACAGGUAUUGUGUUCAUCAAAAAGACAGCCAAGCAUUCGGCACCAACUCAGUUCACUGGUGAUUGGAAAGGAGAACCGUUCAUUGAGAAGGUUGGCACUAAUGAAAGAGCAUUCCAAAUAGUGACGGCCAAACAAGUGCAGCCAAAAAUUCAAUUCGAGGAAUUGGUGCCAUUUUCGUCACAAAUAGAUCAGAAACACGUAGAUGCAUCGCCUCGCAGACGAGAAAAUCCAAACGAUGCAGAAGGCGAUGAAAUCGACUAUUCUGUAUACGAUACGGUUGAUGAUGAUAGGCUCAAUAAUGCAAGUUUACAUUAA